AUGAACAUUUUUCCGCGACGCUGGGUUUGCACACGAUGUGCCAACUCUAUAACGAGGCGGCCUCGCACUCCUACAGCUGAUUUCACCCGGCAACUUCGAGCAUAUACUUCGAAACCUCAAGUUGAAGAUGGACGGCCAUUCCGGAUGGCUGUCAUCGGGUCCGGUCCGGCGGGCUUCUAUACCGCAUACAAGGUCAUGUCGAAGAUACAGAAUUCAAUAGUUGAUAUGUAUGAAUACCUGCCCGUGCCUUAUGGUUUGGUCAGGUUUGGUGUAGCUCCCGACCAUCCUGAAGUCAAGAAUUGCCAGGAGAAAUUCGAAGAAGUCGCAGAGUCUCCAAGGUUCAACUACAUCGGGAACGUGUCCAUUGGGAGUCAUUCACGAGCCCUUCCAUUAGACAUUCUUUUGCCACACUACGAUGCGAUAUUAUUUGCAUACGGAGCAUCAAAGGAUCGAAAUCUAGGUAUCCCUGGAGAAGACAAACUGAAAGGCGUAUAUUCAGCUCGUGCUUUUGUUGGAUGGUACAAUGGUCUUCCCGAAUACGCAGACUUGGAGCCGGAUCUUACCCAAGGGGAUGAAGCGGUAGUUAUUGGACAGGGAAAUGUCGCUCUUGAUGUGGCCAGAAUCCUUUUGCAAGAUCCAGAUAUUCUGAAAUCUACUGAUAUCACCACGAACGCAAUAGAGACUCUAAAGAAAAGCAAAAUAAAGAGAGUGCGAGUUGUAGGAAGGAGAGGCCCUUUACAGGCUGCGUUCACGAUCAAGGAGAUCCGAGAGCUUGUGAAACUACCAACUGUUGCAUUCCAUCCUAUUGAUUCAUCACUGCUGCCAGAAGACAUCUCAAAGCUACCCCGAGCACCUCGACGUAUCAUGGAAAUUCUCCUGAAGGGAUCAAGUGCUUCGGUUUCAUCAGCGGCUAAGUCAUGGUCACUUGACUUUUGCCUUUCCCCGGCGAGCUUCAAUCCAAGCUCUACGUCCCAGUCUCAGCUAGGAGGGGUUUCGUUCGAGAAAACCAAACUGGUUCCGGAUUCCUUCGAUCCUUCUGCUAAAGCUAGUGGCACUGGCGAAAUCAUUAACAUUCCCUCAUCGGUAGCUUUCCGCUCAAUAGGAUACAAGUCAGAGAGUCUACCUGGGUUCUCGGAAUUGGGCAUCCCAUUCAAUGACAGGUUAGGCAUCAUACCUAAUGACCAGUUUGGGCGUGUGAUCAAGGCCGAUGAGGACUCCGGAUCUGCAAAACACCUACCAGGAUUGUAUUGCGCUGGAUGGGUAAAAAGGGGUCCAACAGGCGUCAUUGCAAGUACUAUGCAGGAUGCCUUCUCAACAGCGGAUGCAAUCGCUGAUGAUUGGCACUCCCAUGCUCCAUUCCUGAACGCAGAAAAUGGUAGCUCUGGCCUCGGCUGGGAUGCAAUCAAAGGCGAGGCUGAGGCACGAGGCUGCAGGAGGGUGACCUGGCGUGACUGGCAAAGAAUCGAUGCUGCGGAAAGAGCCAAAGGUCAAACGAACGGUAAAGAGAGAGAGAAGUUCACAAAAGUAGAAGAGAUGCUGUCAGUUCUUGAUUGAACAAUAAGCAAUCAUAACGUAAAUUCCAUGUAUUUUUAAUUUAAAUUACUGCUUGAGCUUCUCAGUGAGCUCUGGCACCUUAUCAAAUAAAUCUCCCA